ACCUUCGAGCAGGUCGCGGGCAUCGACGCGGCGAAGCGGGAGGUCGCGGAGCUCGUGGAGAUGACGACGAACGGCGCGCAACAGCGGCGCUACGCGGCCGUCGGCGCGCGCGCGCCCCGCGGCGUCAUGCUCGUGGGCCCGCCGGGCACGGGCAAGACGCUCCUGGCGCGGGCGCUGGCCAACGCGGCGCGCGUGCCCUUCAUCUCCUGCUCCGGCUCCGAGUUCGUCGAGAUGUUCGUCGGGCGCGGCGCCGCUAGGGUCCGCCAGCUCUUCGCCAAGGCCGCCAAGCUCGGGUCCUGCGUCAUCUUCAUCGACGAGAUCGACGCUUUGGGCAAGGCGCGGCGCGAGUCGAACUUCGCCAUGAACGGCGCCAACGACGAGGUCGAGCAGACGUUGAACCAACUGCUCGCGUGCAUGGACGGCGUCGUCCCCAACGACGGCGUCGUCGUCCUGGCGGCGACGAACCGCCUGAGCGUGCUCGACCCGGCGCUCGUGCGGCCGGGCCGCUUCGACCGCAUCGUCCGCGUGCCGCCGCCGGAUUUGGUGGGCCGCGAGCAGAUCCUGCGGGUCCACGCGCAGAAAGUCGCCAUGGCCAGGGACGUGGACCUCGGCGACACCGCGCGCGAGACCAAGGGCCUCGUCGGCGCGGAGCUCGCGGCCAUCGUCAACGAGGCCGCCGUGCGCGCCGUGCGCCGGGGCUCCGACGAGGUGUCGCAGCGCGACAUGAAGGACGCG